AUGGCCAAGCAGUACGACGUGCUCUUUCGCCUGCUGCUCAUCGGAGACUCGGGCGUGGGCAAGACCUGCUUGCUGUGCCGCUUCACCGACAACGAAUUCCACCCUUCGCACAUCUCCACUAUCGGAGUUGACUUUAAAAUGAAGACUAUAGACGUAGAUGGAAUUAAGGUCCGGAUACAGAUCUGGGACACUGCAGGUCAGGAGCGAUACCAGACCAUCACCAAACAAUACUACAGACGAGCCCAGGGGAUAUUCUUGGUGUAUGACAUUAGCAGUGAGCGCUCGUAUCAGCACAUAAUGAAAUGGGCCAGUGAUGUGGAUGAGUAUGCUCCAGAUGGUGUCCAGAAGAUCCUCAUUGGGAAUAAAGCAGAUGAAGAAGAGAAGAGGCAAGUAGGCAAAGAACAGGGCCUCCAGCUGGCUAAAGAGUAUGGCAUGGAUUUCUAUGAAACAAGUGCCUGUACCAACUUGAACAUCAAGGAGUCAUUCACCCGCCUGACGGAGCUUGUCCUUCAGGCCCACAAGAAGGAGCUGGAUGGACUCCGCAUGUAUGCAGCUGAUGAACUGAACCUGGUGGAGCUGGAGGAAGAGACAAGCAAACCUGAGGGCACAGAGCAUUCUCCCAAGACCUGCUGGUGUUGA